CUGUGAUGUAUCCUCUCGACCCGAGAGAGAGAAACUGAUUCAGCAACCAUUCUCUGUGUUCAACACCAAACCCAACAUCCUCAUACGUAAUCUUGAGCUUCUGUUGCACUAGUUUACUGGAAUCUGUUGCCACAUGUCAAUAUAUGGUCCAUGUAUAACUCUUCCAACCAAUUAAAGGACAACAUAAUUGGGAACAUAGACAUUUAUGAGAGCUGAAAGUUAACCUUUGAGUGAGUUUCAGCCUUGUUAUUAUCUGUGGCUAAUCUUCACCUUGGAAUUAUCGAUCUGUAAGCAAAUUUAUGGUCCCCUUGAAUCUGGAGGCCCUUCUUCUACAAUAUCAUCCUCAGCUAAGUGAAAGCGAUACACAGAAAUGGCCAAAGCAAAGAAAAGCUGCAGAUGGAAUCUUGAAGGCAUGACCGCUCUUGUUACUGGUGGAACAAAAGGAAUCGGGCAUGCUAUAGUGGAGGAACUAGCGGGUUUCGGGGCAAGAGUGCAUACUUGUGCCAGAGGAGAAGCUGAACUUAACAAAUGCAUAUGUGAAUGGCAAAGGAAGGGCUUUCAAGUGAGCGGUUCAGUCUCUGAUGUCUCCUCUAGGGUCGACAGAGAGAAACUGAUGCAGACCGUUUCCUCUCUAUUUGAUGGCAAACUCAACAUCCUUAUAAACAACGUGGGCACAACUUAUGUAAAGCCGACUAUAGAUUAUACAGCAGAAGAUUUCUCGUUUCACAUUUCUACGAACUUGGAGUCUGCCUACCAUCUCUGCCAGCUUGCUCAUCCUUUUCUGAAGGCCUCGGGAUCUGGAAGCAUCGUGUUCAUUUCCUCUAAUGCCGGAGUUGUUUCAUGCGGAAGUGUUUCCCUUUAUAGUGCGACAAAAGGAGCUAUGAACCAGUUAGCAAGAAAUCUGGCGUGCGAGUGGGCGAGCAACAACAUAAGGGCCAACUCGGUAGCUCCUGGAAUCACUGCUACUUCUCUGGGUGAAACUUAUCUCCGUCAAGACAACUUCAGAAAUAUUGUAUUGCCAAGAAUACCAUUGGGCCGAGCUGGAAAGCCGGAGGAGGUCGCAUCAUUGGUCGCCUUUCUGUGUAUGCCCGUGGCUUCUUACAUAACAGGACAGACCAUUGUGAUCGAUGGAGGUCACACCAUCAAUAGCUUCUCCUACCAAACCGACUAAACUCUUUUUAGAUGACAAUAUGAUGAUGGUGUUGUUAUCUGGAUCUGAUUACUGUGAUAUAUGAACAAUUUAUGCAUGUAUUUGAUGCCUUUGUUAUGCAACAAUGGCCGAAGCAGAGAAGAGUUGCAGAGAGAAAAAUAAAAGAGAUGGGAGUCUCCAUUUUCUCCA